UUAUUCAGCCAAACCCACCGAAUCCCCUUUCGAUUGCAAUCGCACGCGUCAUACCUCGCUCCCUAAUCGGCCAUGGCCGCCGAUCCCUUCUUCCUCUUCUCACUUUGAAACCCCGCGUCCCCGAAACCCUACCGAUGGCUUCCCCCUUCCCCCAUCUUCUCCCUUCCAUCCCCCUCUCCCCCUUCCAUCCCCCCCUCUUCCUCCCCUCCAAGAUCCUCUCUCCUCAACACCGUCGCCGCCCUGCUGUCUCAGCCGCCCUCCAGUGGAACCGUAAGCCCCAGCUCGCCGGGGAGACCCCCCGCGUGGUGGUCGUCACUUCCGGAAAAGGCGGCGUCGGCAAGACCACUACCACCGCCAACGUCGGCCUCUCCCUAGCCCGCUUCGGCUUCUCCGUCGUCGCCAUCGACGCCGACGCCGGUCUCCGAAACCUCGACCUCCUCCUUGGCCUCGAGAACCGCGUCAACUACACCGCCGUCGAGGUCCUCAACGGCGACUGCCGCCUCGACCAGGCCCUCGUCCGCGACCGCCGCUGUCCCUCGCUCGAGCUCCUUUGCAUCUCCAAGCCCCGCUCUAAGCUCCCACUCGGCUUCGGCGCCAAGGCUCUUACGUGGGUUGUCGACGCGCUCCGCUCACGGCCGGCGGGUCCUCCACAUUUCGUGCUCAUCGACUGCCCCGCUGGCAUAGAUGCCGGAUUCAUCACCGCCAUCGCGCCGGCGAAUGAGGCCGUGUUGGUCACCACCCCCGACAUCACUGCGUUACGCGACGCCGACCGUGUCACUGGCCUUCUCGAGUGCGAUGGCAUCCGUGACAUCAAGAUGAUCGUCAAUCGGGUUCGUACGGACCUAAUAAGGGGCGAGGACAUGAUGUCAGUGCUUGACGUGCAGGAAAUGCUCGGACUUGCAUUGCUUGGUGUCAUCCCGGAGGAUUCAGAAGUUAUCAAAAGCACGAAUAGGGGAUAUCCGCUUGUUCUAAACAAGCCUCCCACAAUGGCUGGGCUUGCAUUUGAGCAGGCAGCAUGGAGACUGGUGGAGCAGGAUACAAUGACUGCUGUCAUGGUUGAGGAGGAACCCAAGAAGAAGGGCUUCUUUUCCUUCUUUGGUGGUUGAGAUUCUAGACAUGGAGGAUGGAUUUUGAGUUUGAUAUUUUUGAGACUAUGAGUUUGAUUCUCAGCAUACUAGGAGUCUUAUGGCGAAUCAAAAUUGGGAUCAAAGUUUGGUUGUGUACAGUUGAUAGGACAAGAACAUGAAAAGAGCUGCAGGAAUGGUGAGUUUCCAGCUUGUAGGACUGAUUAAACUUACAACUUUAUGUACUCAUGGUUAUGUUGAUGUUGAUUUUGGCCACCAUGACAAGGUUUGAAAGUUCCUUAAUGGCGUUAAGGAAAAAGGAGAGAGGGCUGAUUGUUGAACUGUUCAUUCAAGUAUGAUCCCAUCUUUCUGAAGUCCUUGUUUUAAAUGAGUUGACUUAACAUUGUUUAGUGUAGCUUGUAGCAGGUGCAGAUGCACCUUCUCUCUAUCCACAUGGCUGGGUUGGAUAGAGAAGUUAGCCAUUUUUGUAGAAGAGUUUGCAUUUGAACAACAGAACUGUGCCUUGAUGUGGCUUGAAGUAUGAAAUAUAUGGAUGGAAUUUUGUGUUCACUGGCA